CUUAAUGCCAUUAGUUAUGGCUUUGGCUACUAAACACUCUCUUCUGCUGUUUGGGAUUCUCGUCUUUGUCAUAAGCCCGUUGGCUCAUACUAAGCCAGCAAUGGCAGAUGAUGAUGACGCUGUUGUCCCUGCAAAUUUUAGCCGUAGUUAUUUUCCAGAUGGUUUUAUUUUUGGAACUGCUACUUCUUCUUACCAGAUCGAAGGUGCAGCAAACAUAUCGGGCAGGGGACCUAGUGUUUGGGAUAUAUUUACCCAUGAGACUCCAGAGAGGAUAAGAGAUGGCAGCAAUGGAGAUGUUGCAGUUGAUUUCUAUCAUCGCUUUCAAACUGAUAUAAAAAAUGUGAAAGAAAUGGGUUUUGAUGCUUUCAGACUAUCCAUUUCGUGGUCUAGAGUUAUACCCAGUGGAAGGAGACGUGAAGGAGUGAAUGAGGAAGGGAUUGCAUUCUACACAAAAGUGAUCCAAGAAAUUAUAGCAAAUGGGCUAAAACCUUUUGUCACAAUUUUUCAUUGGGAUACUCCUCAAGCUUUAGAGGAUAAGUAUGAUGGAUUUUUAAGUCGUAAUAUUGUGGAUGAUUAUCGUGAUUAUGCGGAUCUUCUGUUUGAAAGAUUCGGUAGACAUGUGCGAUAUUGGAUGACUUUCAAUGAACCAUGGGCUCUUAGUGGAUUUGCCUAUGAUGAUGGAGUUUUUGCUCCCGGACGAUGCUCACAUUUUGUGAAUUCUCAAUGUAGUGCUGGAAAUUCAGCCACUGAACCUUAUAUAGUUGCACAUAAUCUACUCCUUGCUCAUGCUGCAGCUGUACAAGUAUAUAGAGAGAAAUAUAAGAAAACUCAAGGAGGGGAGAUUGGGAUAACUCUUUUUACCUUUUGGUUUGAACCACUCUCUAAUAGAACCGUUGAUAUCGAAGCGUCUAAAACAGCUCUUGAUUUCAUGUUUGGAUUGUGGAUGGAUCCUUUAACCUAUGGUCGAUAUCCAAGAAGAGUUCGAGAUUUAGUUGGAGAUAGAUUACCCAAAUUUACUGACAAAGAAGCCGAUUUGCUUAGAGGAUCAUAUGAUUUUCUUGGGAUACAAUAUUACACCGCAUAUUAUGCAAAACCCAAUUAUACAGUCCCUCAAGAAAAACUUAGAUAUAAAACUGAUAGUGGUGUUAAUGUAACUGAAUAUGACUAUGACGGUAAUCUCAUUGGUCCACAGGCUUACUCACCAUGGUUUUUCAUUUUUCCAAAAGGCAUUAGAAAUCUUUUGAAUUAUACUAAAGAUACAUACAACAAUCCAGUAAUUUAUAUUACUGAGAACGGGAUCGACAAUUUUAAUAAUGAAACCCAACCCAUUGAGGAUGCGCUUAAGGAUCAAUUUAGAAUAGACUAUUAUAAACAGCACAUGUGGAAGGCAUUGGGAUCCCUCAAGAAUUACGCUGUUAAUGUCAAAGGUUAUUUUGCAUGGUCAUAUUUGGAUAAUUUUGAAUGGAAUAUUGGUUAUACUUCAAGAUUUGGUUUAUACUACGUAGACUACAAGAAUAACUUGACAAGAUACCCCAAGGAUUCAGCAAAAUGGUUCAAACAAUUUCUGCAUAAUGAUUUCACUAACAGGUCACUGCCUUUGGACAAGAUCACCGAGGUUACUUCAAAGAAACCAAGGAAGUUUGGCAAAUUCUACAUAAUGUGAAGGUGUCAUAUCUAUAUGCGUAGCUUUUGUGUUUUCUUGCAGUAAAAUAAAAUCACUGAACUACUGCUCAGCUCCAGUGAUCAGCCUGUGUUGUAACAAAUGCUUGGUGUGGAGUUCCUCUGGUAGAAUUCCAAGCAAGCCUUAUUGUGUUGCUAUUCUAUCUUGGAAAUAAAAGCUAUUAUCCUUUUGAGUUGUGUUUUA